AUGUCGAUCAGAGGAGUAGACGACGCAGAAGCAGCAAUCACGCCAAAGGUGACGGCUCAAGAAGCGGACAGCGCAGAUAGCAUGCCGGACUUUGAGGUCACCGGCAGCUCCUCGCUUCCGCAAAAGGCAUACACCAACACAUACCGACCAGGCUCGCGCUCGUCCAUGUAUCCCGAGCUCUUUCAGGAGAUGCUCUGCAAUGUGCUCGAGUCCGAGUCCUAUCUCUUCUCCAACGCCGAGCUCGAUCUUCUUUCUGCCUUCUUCAUGCUUCCAUACCCGGCACGCUACCUGUUCGUGCGCCUCCUCCAGCGAAAGAAGGUUACCUGGUAUCGCCUCGACCGUCUCGAAGCGUACCGCGCGGAAGUGCAGGAUCUCAAAGAAGCAACCGAGCAGCUGGCGACGCCCGUCUCUUCUCCUCCCACUGAGGGGCCCAAAGUUGAGGUCGCUAGGAUGGAAGAGGAGGAUCGACGCAAGAUAGCACUUGAUACGGACAAGGAGAACGCUGUGCUCACGCUUCCCAGUCUUCAGCGCGAGCUCAAACUAGACGAGGAGACAGGCUUACCUCUCAAGCCCACCUACCGCCAUAAGCAACCCCUGGCCGAAUCCUCGAUACCGGCGAACGGUGCGAUUCAGAAUGCUAUCAAGCCGAAGAGCAGCACGCAAGAGGCAUCGCUACAUCGCUUCGUCAUGACCGAGCGCGACAUGAAGGGCGGAAUAGCCGAGUCCCUCUCGCUGCUCACCAUCGAAGAGCUCAAGGUCAUCGCAAAGAACAUGGGCAUCGCCAAGAUUGGCACCACACGGGCGCAGAUUGUUGCUGCGCUUUCGGCAACAAAGUCGCAGUCAAUGCUAUUCAGGAGCCCGACCAAGCCGACGAGUCGGCCACUGAGCGGAAACACAACCGCCAGCACAAAGCAGCAGCAGCUUACUCUGAACUUCACGGGCGCCUCCAAGGCAGGUCAACCACAAGCAUCACGCCUCAAAGAUGAGCUAUCAGCCGCGCUCGGUGGAGGCUGUGUUCAGGUCCUCCCUGCUGUGCGUUCGCUGGUCGAUCGUGUGGCGCUCGUCUACUAUCGUGGCAACCUUCUCGGCAGUGCAGCGCUUACGACUGCCAUCUUGUCGCGCUCGCGGAUCCGCAAUUACCCCAACUACACCUACAGGCGCACCAGCUUCCUCUUUCCAUCUCGAGACCACCUCAUCGCCUUCGAGCGCGCCCUCAGCAUCGAAGCUGAGAUGGAGUACCUCAUCCAAUUCGGCAAGAGCGAGGCCGACUUUCAGACCGCACUUGACCUCUUCGAGUCAGUGUGGGCCGAAUGGAAGUCAUGCGUGCAGGAAUGCGUUUUAGCGCAUCCGGAAGGCAUCGACAAGAUGGUCUACCACCGCAUGCGAUUCCAUCCCGGAUGGGUGCUGACGAGGGUUGUGUACAAAGGCGCGACGGUGCUGGCGAGAUUCAAGCUGCGAGAACGGGAGAAGGAGGUGCUGCAGGCACUGCUCGAUCAGAGGGUCUUUCGACGUGGUCGACGUGGCGACUGGUACGAUCGGCUGGCGCUCAUCACAGCGCUCUACUCGGACGACCAGCGCAAAGGCAAGAAAGAAGCGCUCAGCAUCAGCGUACAAGGCAUGCAGGAUCCGGACACCCAUCUCAUCUACCACGACACCUUGCAACGGCGAAUCGCGCGGCUCGAGUCGCAGCUCCGCGUUCCUCGAUCCGAGCAACACGACUUCUCGUAUACGAAGCUCAAGAAGACGUCGGAGGUGCACUUCAAGAGUGUCAGGCUAGAUGCGAUGGUGGAGACCGACACUCGCACGAACGAACCCAUCACGGCUCUCUCGCGGUUCCUGCAGGCAGGAGAUUCGCCGCCGACGUCGCCAGAUGAGCCCCGAUCGAAAGGCGGCAGAUCGUCGCCCGGUUCCCGUAGCGGCAGCAGCAGUCCGACUAAGGGAUCGCCGGUCAAGCGCUCGUCUAGCGGAUUCGAGAUCCGCAAACCACUCUUCAAGCGGGUCAAGAUCGAGUCCUUCGCCGACAGUGCUGCAGUCAAAGGCGAUCCAGACUCGCCAUUCAUAUUGUCGCCCAAAGCCGAGUCGCCUGGCAAUGUUGUCGAUCAAGCCCGCCUGACUCCCGUCUCGGACACCUCCUCAGAUCAGAUCCCAAUCAAAAAGGAGGAUCUAGACGAUAUUUCUUGGGAUGACAUCACCGCCCCCGCACCGGACCCGACGGCCCUCUCCAUUCUAUCCAACGGCGAGUCCCCAACGUCCGUCGCCCAUUCCACCCGCCGUUCGAUGCGCAGCGUGUGGCGCGGCCUCGACAACGCCCCUGUCCACGUCGAGCAGCUCUGCCUUCAACACUACGCUCUUCAAAACUUCAAAGGGUAUCACUGCGAGGGCAAGCUGCUGACCAUGAUCUUUGUGAUGGUCAUGUGGGACAUCAUCUUCCUCCCUGACAUUGCUGGAUCGUUUGAGACGCCGUACCAGUCUGCGCCGCUGGAUUUGGGCAGUGAUUCGUUCCCCAUCGUCCGCAGUGCGCAGAUACGGGAGCGGCUAGACUACGUCUCGCGGACAGGCGGGCUGGAUCUCAUCGAACAGGUGGAUGAUCGCGAACGACCGAACAAGACCUGGGCCGUCGGCUGCCGUUGGGACCUGUUCAGCAAACAAGACCUUUUGGAGGUGGCAGAGUGUCUGGGAGGGCAUUCGAUCAGUGUGGUGUGCCAGAUGCUGUGCGAGGAAUGGGAUCACUGCUCCUCGGGUAUGCCUGAUCUGGUCAUCUGGAGGAUGGAGGAUAAGGUGGUGCGAUUUGUCGAGGUCAAAGGGCCGGGAGAUCGAUUGAGCGAGACGCAAAAGGUGUGGAUCGACAUCUUGCUCAGGGCGGGGAUCGAGGUUCAGGUGGGCAUUGUUAGCGAAUAG